AUGACUUCCUUCUUACCAGUAAAUAAUACGUCUUCACCGCAAACACGGGCGAUGGAGGAGGCUGCAACUCCAACCACACCUCGACCCCAAACGAAUGUGUCAGCUGCAGAAGAGAACAGGUCGCGAACUAUGAACAGUGGCACAGAAGACGCCACACCGCGGAACGUGCAUAAUAUCCAAGAGGAUUCGGCUUCUCGAACAAUACCGUCAUUAGGACACAAUGGAACUUCACAUGGGGAAUCCGAUGCAGACCGUGAUGGCUCCGACCAUGAGUCCGACGCUGGAGGCAACGCUCCCCCAUCAAAGAAGAAGAAAGGGCAACGGUUCUAUUGUACAGAUUUCCCGCCAUGCAACUUGAGUUUUACCAGAAGCGAACAUCUUGCCAGACACAUCCGGAAACAUACUGGGGAGCGUCCGUUUCAAUGUCACUGUUCCAGGCGUUUUUCGCGCCUUGAUAACCUUCGUCAACAUGCACAGACCGUGCAUGUGAACGAGGAGAUUCCUGGGGAUUCGCUUGCAGCUACUGGAACACGUUUCCAACGGCAAAUUCGCACCGACAGGGUCCGUCCACAGGGUCGAGCUAGAGCCGGCACGGGAGGUAGUCAGGGAACGCAUAGUCGUGGCCACAGCAGAAAUCUUUCGACUUCGAGUAUCGCAUCAACGACAUCAACGUACAGUCAACCUCCGGAGCUUCGCCGUCGACCGCCGCCAUUAAUCAUGGCCAAUGAUGGGAGCGCCAGGGCUCGUCUUAGUCUGGAUACGAUGGCAGAUAUGCCCACAACUCCACCAGGCCAAGUGCGCGGCAUCCCAGGACCUGCCGUUGCAGUUGGCUCCCCUUACACGCCUUCUCAUCAUCUCUUUGCUGCUGGUGGCAACGGAAGUCCUCACUUAGCUUCCGCAAGGCCCUCCGCCGCCCACAUAUCUGCAUUCUGGGACGGAAAGACGGCAGCUCGUCGUCUCUCGGUGCCCACCAGUGCAAAUCCUUUUUCGUCUCAACAACCGAGCAAUUAUCCUCCAAGUCUUGUUGGGUCGGCAACUCCUACAACGGCAGCGUAUCCGUCGUCGGGCGGAGUCUUCGCAAGCCCCGUCAGCUCUACUCAUUCGUUUUCGAGAGAGGAAAAUGCGUACAGUGCUGCUGAUGCGGAUCUGCGGAGACGGACUUGGCAUCCUUCAACGCACUUUGCACUUCCCAGACCUGCCACCAGUGGGUUGUCCCAUUACCAAACUCCUGAUACCGUUGACGCACCGGUCAGCGCGAGUGGCGCGACAGAACAGCCCCCCAGAUUGCCCGGAAUCGAAAGCUUCGACAAGGUUGUGUUACACCAGCGGCCUCUAACUCCUCCCAUCCGAAGGCCUAGUCCGAUGCAGAUUGACAGCCACAGCAAGCCAUCGCCGAGUUAUGCUUUAGGAGGAGGUUUCAAUUAUUCGCAGCCCGCGAACCGACCGGCCCCUCCGAUAUCUGGGCCCGGUCAUCGCCGCGGUCAUGUCUCUUGGGACAUGUCACUACAUACCAAUCUCACAGGACUGCAUAUCAGGGAUAAGCCUCCUCCAAGAGACGCAUCGCACUGGAGCCAGCAGACGAUUGCAGAGUUACAGAAUGUAUCGUCCCGGCCGUCUUCGUCGUAUCAACAACAAGUUCAGGAGUCGCGGGGAAUUACUGGGCAUUCUUCAUAUGAGAAGAUGCAAGGGUGGUAUGGCAGCAAUACCUCGGGUUCCCAGGCAACGCGGACAUCCCCUGAAGACUCGAGUAGCAGUGAAGGCGUUCACACACCCUCUACAGCAUCACUUGAGUACCAUCCAGCCAUUGUGCACAAUAACGGCUACAUCGAGUCCCAUCCACCUUCCAUGACCUGCGAUACAUCUCACUCAGCUUGCCCCCCACUCUCACAGUUUUCUGAUGGCUGUCAGCACAAUGUGAAACCCGAUCCACGACCGGAUUUCUAUCACAAUGCGUCCGCGCGAGACUCUGGGAUGGGAAGGCUCGAGGCACUUGUUGCAGUCGCCACGAGCGAAAAUAAAAGUACUGCAAAGCUAUACGGAUAA